AUGGGGCCAACUUCCCCUCCGCCGCUUCCAGAGGGAGUAUUCUCCUUGUUGGAUACAGACCUCUACAAGCUGACGAUGCAAUGCGCAAUUCUGAAGUAUUUCCCUAAUGCUUAUGUCACGUACUCCUUUACCAACAGAACCCCGGACAUGAAAUUCACUAGACGGUCGUAUAAUUGGCUUUUGGAACAAAUAGCGAGGCUCGAGGAUAUUGCGUUGUCAGGGGAGGAACUAGAUUUCUUGCGGAACCAUUGCCCGUACCUUAACCAGGCAUACCUCACGUACCUAUCAGAAUUUCGUCUCAAGCCCUCUGAGCAAUUGGAAGUGUCAUUCAUACCAAUAGACGACACCGGCUCAAAAGACGACCUCGGAGAAGUCAAGAUAUCAAUUAAAGGCUUAUGGGUCGAAACAAUCUUGUAUGAAAUCCCUCUGUUGGCAUUGACUAGCGAAGCAUACUUCAAAUUCUGCGAUCGAGACUGGGAUUACCACCAGCAAGAGGAAAAGGCAUUCAGAAAGGGCUGCACACUUCUUGAAAAUGGAUGCAUAUUCUCCGAGUUUGGAACUCGAAGACGACGGGAUUACCACACCCAGAGCCUGGUGAUGGAGGGUCUUACCAGGGCUGCGAAGAAAGCCGCAGAAGACGGUUUCAAGGGAAAACUUUCGGGCACGAGUAAUGUCCAUUUCGCCAUGAAAUAUGGAGUUGAACCCGUGGGUACCGUUGCCCAUGAGUGGUAUAUGGGAAUUGCUGCCAUCACAAACGAUUAUGAGAAUGCAAAUGAGAUUGCACUGCGAUAUUGGUUGGGUUGUUUUGGUGAAGGAGUCUUAGGUAUUGCACUUACGGAUACCUUUGGGACCCCAACAUUCCUUGAAGCAUUCAGGAAGCCAAUCCCGGAGCUUACAACCGCUGCUGAAGGUCCAGGGACUACCUUGCCUUCUUCAGGAAAUAAUACCACAGAGAUGGAUUCUUUAGCAUCGACUAUCCCUCCUAUUCACGCACCUAUAGAUGGUACAGCGGGGAAUAGUCCAGCAAGAACAUAUGCCCAAGUUUUCACUGGCGUAAGACAGGAUUCCGGUGAUCCCGUCUACUUCCUGAAGAUGGUAAGGGAGUUUUACGAUAAGGAAGGCAUCAAGGACAAGAAGACGGUUGUUUUUUCGGAUUCCUUGAAUAUAGAGCUUUGCUUAGAGUAUAAGAUUGCUGCUGAAGAGUCUGGAUUCCAGCCCACCUUUGGGGUUGGCACCUUUUUCACAAAUGAUUUCAAAAACUCUUCGAAUGGGAAAAAGUCCGUUCCCCUUAAUAUAGUUAUUAAAGUUUCCAGCGCUGGAGGGCGGCCGGCAGUCAAGUUAAGCGACAACCUAGGCAAGAACACUGGUGAUUCAAAAACGGUGGUAGAGGUUAAGAAGCGACUUGGCUAUGUAGAACACGACUGGGAGGCUGGAGAUGAGUCGAGACGAUGGGGAAAGAAAGAUGAUUAA